GCAAACCGAUUUGGAUAGGAUUUAGUGCAGAUUCUGUCUGCAGAUUACAGUUGCCUUUAGACAGAUAACAAGCUCCAUGACCCUUGCCUUUGCCCGCUACUCUUAUGUCUUCAGUUAAACCACUCCUUCUAUGGGAACAACUUUAAUCCUCCUUCAAGAUAACAGUAAAUAUGUUGCUUCCAUUGGCUACUUCCUUCUCUUUCUUUGGCCAUGGGGCUGCUCCCAACAAGCUCCAUCACUUCUUCAUGAACCAGAAUUACAUUGAAAGGCAUCCAAUACCUCAUUUUUCUUCUAAACAAUCUUUACAGUCCUGUUUUAGUACUCAAAAGUUUUUCCAAGAGACUCAUAUAACGCAAGGAAAAUUCAAGCAGCUUGGCCGUCAUCUACAAUAUCAUUCCCAGAGUCAAGGGGAUUACUCAGGCAAUAUCCAAAAUGAGGAAAAAGAAGAGGAUGUCUCGAGAGCAACCUUGAUAUGGAGGGCAAUUAAGUUGCCUAUUUAUUCUGUCGCCUUGGUUCCACUUACAGUAGGUGGUGCAGCUGCUUAUUUACAGACAGGCAUAUUUUCAGCCAGGCGUUAUUUUGUUCUCUUGGCUUCUUCUGUUCUUAUCAUAACUUGGCUCAAUUUAAGCAAUGAUGUUUAUGAUUUCGAUACUGGAGCAGAUAAGCAUAAGAAAGAAUCAGUCGUAAACUUGGUUGGCAGCCGCAUAUGGACCCUUCUCGCUGCAUAUUCACUCCUUGUCCUUGGCUUUUUUGGGCUCACAUGGACAUCUCUGGACGCAGGAAACAUGCGCUCCAUAUUAUUGCUGACUUCUUCAAUUAUUUGCGGUUAUAUCUAUCAGUGCCCACCAUUUCGGUUAGGUUAUCAAGGACUGGGAGAGCCCUUAUGCUUUGCUGCCUUCGGCCCAUUUGCGACAUGUGCUUUUUACUUAUUGCUGGGGAGCACAAGCGAGAUUCACAGUAUUCCCUUAACUGGCACCAUUCUUUCAGCAUCAAUCCUUGUUGGUCUAACAACUACCCUGAUUCUUUUUUGUAGUCACUUUCAUCAGAUUGAAGGAGAUGCGGCCAUAGGAAAAAUUUCCCCCUUGGUGAGGCUGGGCACUGAAACAGGCUCAAGAGUGGUGAAAGUGGCAAUUCUAAUGCUUUAUUCUCUUUCUUUUGUUCUUGGUCUAAGCAGAGCUCUUCCUUGGACUUGCAUGCUUCUAUGUGCCAUGACCUUACCCAUGGGGAAACUGGUAGUCAAUUAUGUGCAACAGAACCACAAGGACAAGGGGAAGAUGUUCAUGGCAAAGUAUUACUGUGUACGAUUACAUGCUUUAUUUGGAGCUGCCUUAGCUGCUGGGCUGGUGGCAGGUAGAAUGCUCAUAAAAACACAGGUACCAAAGCUUGCAUUGCCAUGAGUUAUGGUAGAUUCCUCAAACGUUUUGAUGAAGGAACCUGAAUAAUUAAAAGUCAGAACGUUAGUGAAGUAACAAGCUAGGUAGCUGGGUGUCUACAGCAAUAAUCCUCUGCAUAUCAAUUGAAUGGUGAGGGAAAUGAAUGAGUUAAAAAAAUGUUAUUGGGUAUUUUAGGGAACAUGAUAUGUUGACGAUUACUUAAAUGUAUUAUAUGAAUUCAUUUAAUAUUUCAACUUAGAUAUGAUUUAUUGUAUAUUAGUUAAUUAACUCA